UGAGAAACUUUGUCAUUUUAAAUUUAAUUCAAAUAAAAAAAAUGGAGAAAGUGCCACCUAAACCGAAGAAAUUAAAAGGGGCGACGCGUGAGGAUUUAAUGCUGAUGGAUAAAAAUGAAUUAGUGGAAAAAAUUCUACAAUUAGAAGCUCAUAAUGCUCAGUUAAAGAAUAUUAUCAGCAAAAAUCUCUCAGAUGACACUGAAAGUGAAAAAAAUGGACGCAAAAAACCCUUCGAUUUUAGCAAAUGCCAUUAUCGACGUGUACUCCUUCGCAUCCUGUACUUCGGUUGGGACUACAAGGGCCUUGCUGUUCAAGAAGACACGUUGCAAACAAUUGAACAUCAUUUAUUUCUUGCCUUGAGUAAGAGCUGUCUCAUACAGAGCAGAGAGAAUUCGCAGUACCAUCGAUGUGGACGUACUGAUAAGGGCGUUAGUGCUUUUGGACAGGUAAUCUCCCUAACACUUCGAAGUAAACACCCACCUGACAACCAAUAUGACCCGGACAGCAUAUCCACAGAGAUUUCAUACUGCAAAAUUUUAAACCGGCUAUUACCAAAGGAAAUAAGAGCCGUUGCCUGGAUGCCCACACCCAAAGACUACCCAGAGUAUAGUGCUAGAUUCGACUGUAAGAAACGCAAAUACAAAUACUAUUUCCCGCGGUCAAAUCUCGAUAUUCCCGCCAUGCGGCUAGCGUGUUCGCAUCUGAUUGGCUCUCACGACUUCCGCCAUCUUUGCAAGAUGGACGUCGGCGGUGGGGUGACCGAGUUUGUGAGAACUAUUUUUUCCGCUGAUAUUGUACCCGUGGAUCAGGAUUUUGAUAAAGCAACAUCAAUGUACACCCUUACUAUAGAAGGCAAUGCGUUCCUCUGGCAUCAGAUCCGCUGCAUCAUGGGAGUCCUUCUUCUAAUCGGCCAGAGUCGGGAGACCCCUGACGUCAUGACACGGCUUUUGGACCUAGACACCUGUCAUAGGUAGGCUUAGACCACUACCAGAUCCAUUUCGAGUUGGAAACCUAACACGUUUACUAAGAGUUGUGGACCUUCUUG